AUGUCGAUGCUUCUUUCAACAUCGUCGUCCUCACCACUCUUCCGGUCCUCAACCUUUGGAAAUGCUCCUCUUUCUCCCUCGAUAUCCCCCCAAAACGAGGAUAUGAUUAUGGACUGUCCUGCUUCUCCUUCAUUUUUUGGACGAGAUAUCCCUUCCACACCCACAACCCCAGGGGCGCACCGUUCCUCUUUCAGACCUCCAAAUUCAGCCAAGCGCUCCAGACGAAACACGCAUGCACAUAACGAUCCUUACCCCUCUUUUCAAAAUCCUCGUCGUCUAAGUGCCAUUCCAUCCGAUAACGAAGUGGAAGCUGCAUACCGCAAUAUGUCGGACUAUGAAACCUCGGGCUCGAUGCCCGGUAACAACAAGCGGAAGCUUCCUACGAGGAGUGUCUUCCAAGAUUCCGGACUGGCACCUCCUCAAUUGGCCCCGCCGCCAACUUUUCUUCGUCCACCAGUCCCUACUACUAUUGUGAGGCCGAGUGAGGCUUCAGCAGCUGAUUUGAACAGGUCCCUUGCACAAGCCUUCCAACUACUCUGCCUCGAGAAGAAGGAUGAAUCUUCGGAUGCUUCUUCCCAAAGCUCUCCGCAUGCCUCAGUCUCGACCGCCACCUCCUAUACCGAGGACUUCCCAUACCACCAAAUGACAAACCAAUUCAACCAGCCACAAUCGGCCCUACCUGAUCCCGAAGAACUUUUGAAAGAGAUUGUCAGGAACUCUCUCCAGAGCUUGCACGCUCUUCGGCUCGCAAAGGCAAUGGAAAGAGAUAUCAGGUCAAGUAAAACAAGUGUUGAUGAUGGAAUGGAUAUGGAGGGCCAUCACCAACACCACCACCACCACCACCAUAAUGACCAUACGGGCACCGCGAUGCAAGUGGUCGCAUAUCUCGAGCAGAGCGUUAGUACUAUAAAUAGUGCCCGGCAAUACAUCGAGUUUGCCGAAACAACUCUUUGCGACAGAAGAGAUCAAGUCAGAGAUACACUCCUUAAAGACUAA